GCGGACAAAAUGGCGCAAAUGAAACAACGGCGCCUUUGAGGAGGUGCGCAGCUGCGUGACACAGGGACAAGAGUAGGUUGCAUAAUACGGUUUAGAAUGUCGCAGAGCCCUUGGCGCCCGGCAGAUGUCGCCAUUUUGGUAUAUAUAUUUUUAUAUGACAGCUCCCUUGGGAUAUGUUAUUCCUUCUAUAGGUCUAUUUCUCGCAUUAUUUGGAAAUUAAAUGACACAAGUAGCCGUUAAAUCGUGUAAUGGGCGAUACUUAUUGCGCCUCUUUGUUCCGUUCAGGUCCACUUAGCAAAGAACUGCACCUCCAUACCGAUAGUGGGCAGUAUACAUCCAUGACUAAACUUGGAUCGCACGCCAAACAUUUUCCUAGGAUGGCGAAGGCAUGGCCCACCCUACUCUCCCAGUGAUUGGCUAGUACUCGUUGCCUGCUUACUCAGAGUAUAGCCGGACAUGCCUUCUUUUAUUUUUUUAUUUUUGACAAAAGAAAAGAAAAAGCAUAAAACACUCUCGUAGGGGAAAUAGAAUACACAUGAGUAGAUACAAUACAAAUGUUGUCAAUGUACAAGAAAGAAUUAUGUAAGCAAAAAACAACAAAAGCAAACCAUAAAGGGGGAAUUACUUGAGAUUACCGGAAGAUACAUACAGGGAGUGACAUGAAUGCGGGAUAUACCUUCGCCAUCCUAGGAAAACUGCACCGUCUAUGAAUCAUGUUUGCGGAAGUACAUCCACGAGUUUCAGAAAUUGAGUUAGGCUUAGCGAGCAGUGAGCAUAACAAGCAGGGUCUGAGCAAGGUCUGUCAGUAAACAGUUUGACUAUUGCACGUGCGUCAAUGCCCGGUAACUUGUGUCUGACUGCGUGUGAACUUCCUCUUUGGCAAAAGAAGUUCACGAUAUAGGCUCAAAAAGAGAGGGCACACUUUGAGCAUGGCCCGAUCUCUGCAAGUCCUCGCCCUCUUCUCCAGGCUUGGUGAUCUGUCAUUGAUGCCCUCAGUUUCUAACAUCUGUCGAUUUGCAAGCAGAGGAGCCAGCAAUGCACGAAUGGGACAGAGCCAUGUGCACAGAGACAGAGUAUCAAACAGUACUCCAAGAUACAGCGAUGAAAUGCCUGAUGAUGAACUUGGACUGAAGGAUACAGAGGAGGUAGAAGAUAAGCUCCAGGCCUUGGUUGAUGAGGCAAGAAAGGGGCAGAAGAAAGUGAAAUAUCAUAUACUGAGAAGGCAGAUGACUACACCAGGAGCUCCGCAGAGGAAGCUUACCUGGGAUGCUAUUAAGCAGAUUAGAUAUCUGAAGCAAGAGCAGCCAGAUGAGUGGACAGUAGAUCGUCUGGCUGAGGGCUACUCUGUCACCCCUGAUGUCAUCCUAAGAGUCCUCAGGAGCAAGUUUGUCCCCGCUCCUGAUAGAAAAGUCCAGCAGGAUGCCAAAGUAAUGGCUGGACAGGGUCAGCGGGUGCUGCCUGCAGGUGUUGGGACAAGGGAGGCCGGGCUGAAGCUGCCUGGUAACCACACCCCAGCCAUGCUCCUAUCUGGAAGUAGUGAAGGUGCAGUGGUGCGUGUGGCUGACAAGACUUUGAUGCUUCGAGAGGAAGGCUCUGGAUUACUGGCUCAGAGUUCUGCCCCCGUUACUCUUCUGCCCACACACUUCAGAGCUGGUAUUAGUGAAGAGGUCCAUGUGACAAGGUCAAAAGAAGAGGACAGCACUUAUAACACAAAUCCUACAGAGGAGGAAAAAGAGGACGAGGAGAGCUGGGAUGGACGGCUGUUGACAGACGAAGAACUUGAAGAGUUUAUGGAAAUGGAAAAGCCUUAUCCUGUUGUGCAAGUUGGGAAUGACUUCUUUGAUGCAGAGGGCAACUUUUUGUAUAGAAUCUAAAGACUUGCUGUGUUGAACUGUUGGCUAACCCUGUGUGAUGUUCAGGUUGUUAUAACACCGUGACUUUCUGAACAGAUUAUUACUGACACAAAUGAAACUUUAGUUAAAUAGUAUCUCAACCUGCUUGCAGCAGCAAUCCUACAACCAUAAUGUGUUUUGGUAACUGAUCCCUUUUUGUAAACAAUUUUUUUUUUUUUUUUUUUUUUACAGUGCUGUAAAAUAUGAAUCGGGUAACAAAAAUAAAGGAACAUUAAUUUAUUUGCAAACCCAAAGAAAAUUGCCUCAAAUAUACAGAA